AUGGCUCUCGUUAUGGAACCUAUUAGCAAGUGGACGCCCAAGCAAGUAGUGGAUUGGAUGAAAGGCCUCGAUGAUUGUCUCCAACAAUACAUAAAAAAUUUUGAAAGAGAAAAGAUCAAUGGUGAGCAGCUGCUACACAUCACCCAUCAAGAGCUGGAGGAACUGGGAGUCACUCGCAUUGGCCACCAAGAACUGAUUCUGGAAGCAGUUGAUCUGCUGUGUGCAUUGAAUUAUGGAUUGGAGACUGAAAACCUGAGGACUCUGUCUCACAAGCUGAAUGCCUCAGCCAAAAAUCUUCAGAACUUUAUAACGGGUAGAAGGAGGAGUGGCCAUUAUGAUGGCAGGGCCUCCAGAAGACUGCCAAAUGAUUUUCUUACCUCUGUAGUUGACCUGAUUGGUGCUGCCAAGAACUUACUAGCCUGGCUGGACAGGUCCCCAUUUGUCAGCGUGACAGAAUAUUCACUGCUGAAAAACAACAUUGUUCAACUGUGCCUGGAACUAACCACCAUUGUGCAACAGGAUUGUACAGUGUACGAAACUGAAAAUAAAAUUCUUCAUGUGUGUAAAACCUUGUCUGGGAUUUGUGACCACAUCAUUUCUCUCUCAUCCGAUUCUCUGGUGUCACAGUCAGCACAUCUUGAGGUAGUUCAUCUCACCAGCAUUAUGCCCAGUGAGGGUUUGGGAAUGUAUAUCAAAUCAACAUAUGAUGGACUACAUGUAAUCACAGGAACAACUGAAAAUUCUCCUGCUGAUCAGUGUAAGAAGAUCCAUGCUGGUGAUGAGGUGAUCCAGGUGAACCAUCAAACCGUGGUUGGCUGGCAGUUAAAGAACCUAGUAAAUGCAUUGCGGGAAGACCCAAAUGGAGUGAUUUUAACCUUGAAAAAACGUCCUCAGAAUACCCUGGUUUCUGCUCCCGCCCUUCUGAAGAAUGUGAGGUGGAAGCCUCUUGCACUUCAGCCUGUAAUUCCAACCAGUCCAACAAGCAGCUCUACAACACCCACAAAUACAAUGGGCAUAUCCUCAAAAAUGGACAGCUCUGCACUCCAGGAUGUUUUCAUUCUGUCUCCUAUGUCAGGACUUUAUGGCCCCAGGGAUGAAAUUGGAAUCAUGUCUUGUGACGACAUCAGCAAAUUUGGAAAGUCUGGAAUGAAAGGCUCAGAGUCUCCAAGCUAUUUUCUGGAGCAUGAAAGUGGGAAAUACUACACAUUAAUUGAAGGUGAAGGCCACCCUGUGGGCUCUGACUAUGAGAGGAGCAGAGCUACGGGAGUGAGGAGGAGAGAAAAAACACCCACUCACGGAGAUUUGAGGCCUGUUUCUAUGCCUACUGAGUACAGCUGGAUAGGGGAGUCAAAAGAACAGAACAUGUACAAGAGGGGAAGCAGAGCUUGUCACACAAGCCAUAUGACAUGGGCUACCUUCAUACUGCCCAUUAUGCAUGGACCUGGGUGUUCACCACCACCUAAUCUGUGCCAACUACUUGGUUUGCUCUUGAAUGGAACCUUGUUACAAAUAACUUUGCAGAGGAGAGAGCUUCAGAUGCAGUGGGGAAUUAGCCAAGCUGACAAUACAAGUGUAGCCAAAAUGGUUCUCUGUUUCCUCUUACUAAUGUUUCUUUUUCCUUUUUUCCCUCCAACAACUGACUCUGAGAAUUCCCUCCUGCGGUACCUGAGUGAUGACAAGAUACUGGUUAUCCAAGAAGAGCCUUUGACACAAAAAGACAGCAAAAGGGACACAGGUCGUAGGUCAAGAAAAAAGGGCAAAAAUACAAGCAGUCCAAACUACCCUAUUAGUCCACCUGUGUUGACAUCUACUGUGAAUGUUAGGCUUGAACCUGGACAGCAAGAUGUCUUGAAUUUCUCACUAGCAGAAAACAACACAGUUCCACUUUAUCACUCAUUCCAUUACGCUUCCCUCAGGGUAAAAAGCAGAAAAUGGUCAAAAGGGAGCUCUCUAACAAGUGGGAGCAGGAGGCGGAUUUCCUGCAAAGACCUGGGGCAUGGAGAUUGUGAAGGCUGGCUAUGGAAAAAGAAGGAUGCCAAAGGUUACUUCACACAGAAAUGGAAAAAGUAUUGGUUUAUUCUGAAGGAUUCAUCCUUGUACUGGUAUACGAACCAGAAUGAUGAAAAAGCAGAGGGAUUCAUUAGUUUGCCUGAGUUCAGGAUAGAUAGAGCAAUUGAAUGCAGACGGAAACAUGCCUUCAAAGCAUGCCACCCCAAAAUAAAGAGCUUCUACUUUGCAACAGACUGCCUUGAAGAAAUGAACAGAUGGAUGAAUCGUUUGGGUCUCGCAGCGAUUGGCUACACACCUGAUGACAAGGACAUUCACCCAGAUGAAGGUAACUAAAUUAAUUACUGGAGUGAGAGCGACCAGGAUGACAUGGAUGGCUCCUUAACCCUGAAGCAGGAAGGCUCUUCAGCACUGUGUGACACCUACCAUCGAACACCCUCAGUGAAUUCCUCAAGUCCAUUCCCUGAAGCCCAACACGGUCGGCACUUCUCAAGUGAAUCCACCUACUCUCAGUCUUCUGCCGAGGAUUCCCGCCAGGAAGCAGCAGGAAGCACACACUCCUCAGGAUGCAGGCCCCCCUACCGAGAAAGGCGCUCCUGGCAGGAUCUGAUAGAGACUCCACUGACCAGUUCAGGGCUCCAUUUUCUUCAGACUGUUCCUCCUGAUGCUGAGUACAUGAGUGGCCGGCCUGGAAUGUCACCGGACAAACGGAGACAAGCGACGCUCCCAGUACAAAGACGCCAUAAUUAUGAGCAGGAUGGGCCUUUCCCUCUGGUGGAAUGUCCACGGGGACACAGCUCCCACAGCAGGCCUCAGAAGCAGCGCAGCCAAAGCCUUCCCAGAAACAGAGAUGUCAGGGGUAAGGGACAUGUCAAGUCCCUGGAAGGAACAGAUGACAGCCUAGAAGAGACAGUUCCUAUUAGAAGGCAUAAUAGUUUCUGUGCAGAAGAAAACAUAAAAGAAAUUGAAGAAAACAUAGAUGGUCUGCAAGAGCUGUACAAAUCUCUGGAAGAAGCUAGUUUGUCAGCUUUUGGAGAGCAGCGACCUUCCACCAAGCAGGAGUUCCGUAGGUCUUUUGUGAAGAGGUGUAAUGAUCCAGUGAUCAAUGAAAAGCUUCACCACAUCAGAGUCCUCAAGAGCACUUUAAAAGCAAAGGAAGGGGACCUCAGAGUUAUCAACAGCCUUCUGGAUGAUCCCAACUUAACAUCAAAGAAGUUUAAAGAUUGGAAACUAAAGAACUAUGAGUUUUUCCUGGACAUUUGUGAGUACAGUGCUGCUGUGAAAUCACAAAAUGGAGCCUCUGAACUGGCCAGCUCAGCACCAAUGCUGACACACACACACUCAUUCAUUGAAACUCACGUGUGACAGGACUCACAGCCUGAAUAAUUGCUGGGUGCCAUGAAAAAAUCAACUCAGACAAACACUGUAAUAUUUAUUGAGCGUGUACUCAGCAGUACUGUAAAUAGGUUGGGUAAGAGAAUAGUGCCACAGGAUGCCUACUACAUUGCAUGAUAAGACAAUAAUGUUCCUGAUGAAUUUUUUUGGUUUGCUAUUAUCAACUGAUGUCCGUAUCAAGCUCUGCAUUAGAAAGAAGCAGUGCAGAAGUGUAACUGAAAAUAAAUACCAGUAUACUUAAAGUACUGUACUAAAACUAAGCUUAUAGUAUGAGCUCCUACAAUCAUUUUAUAUAUUUAGAUAUAGAGAGAGACAUAUCUAUGUAUAUAAAAUGGAACACGGUAGUUGACAUUUACUUUUAAAAUGCCCUAAAGUUCACAUUUUCACACAUUUGUUCUUGAGAAAAAAAAGAUAAAAAUUACAGCAGAAAUGCAUUGGCCACUCUUAGAGAUGAACGUUUAUUUUUUGCAACAUUUCCAAGUAGUGACCAUCUUUGCAAAUAAAAGGACAGAGUUAUCAAAAUGUAAACUCAAUCCCUAUAGUGUGCCUUAAAAUGUACACUGUACAUCUAGCAAAUAGAUCCCAA